AUGGCAUCAAUAUCUAAUGUUUCCAAUCUAGCAACACAGCAAAAGAAAACAAUGCUAGGAAAUGAUUUUCAAUCCAAUCGACGUGCAUGGUGGUGGACAGACACGACGACGUCUGACAGUGAUCCGGUAGCAUCCAGCGAGACAGAAUUGUUGAAUGCCGCUGUAUUGUGUGCAGCACUAUCUGCAACUCAGUCCGAACCUUCAGAAAACAAUGAACAGGCAAAUGAACAUGCAGCUCGUGAGCUGGAGAUGCAUGUGCGGAGCUCUCCACUACCGCAUAGUCUACAGCUGCCAGUACUGGCGCUCUCGCCCGACUAUGUGCUCAUGCAGUCUGAGCUCGCUGUGAUCUGUGCUGUGCGAGCGACCAAGCCUGCAGAUAUUCUUCAGACUGUAGUUGGAUCAGCCGUGCCUCUUUCACAACCAUACCUCUACAGAUUUGGUGGUACAAGAAUCCAUGCGCCGUUCUGGAAGCGAACACAGCGACUGGACUUGCAAGACAUUCAAAACCAAGCACAUCAAGCCAAGAAGAUGCUGAUACUGUGUGGCCACUCAAUCGGUGGUAGCAUUGCACAGCUGGCGUUCUGUGAAAUAGCGUACCUCCACUUGCCAACGAAGGCGCGACUUCUUCUGGAAAAGCGGGACUAUGACCAGCAGAAACAAGAGCAGACAAAAGAUGGCACAAAAGCAUGUAAUGGGUUAGAAUUUGGAUUGAUGGAUCAAGACAUGACUGAAAAAGAGAAAACGGCAAUUUCUCGCGCAAUGCCGCGUAUGUUAGCGAUUGGCUUUGGAGCUCCAUAUAUUGGAUCGACGGGAUUAACAGCGUUUUUGGAAUCAUUGAAGCUGAGCAAGCGAGUAAUUACGUUUGUCAAUGAGUUUGAUUGCAUUCCAAGCAUUCUUAAUGUAGCGCAGUCGGCGGCGAUGGUUGCGAAGACGGCUGAGCGUUUUGUUACGAUUGUAAAAGCGACGAAAACACUAGUGAACUUGCUUUCCGUUCAGAUGCAAAAGCGUUUCGUUGAUUUGGCAGCGACAGCAAACACUGGCAUUGUACCAAAUGCAAGCUCGGCAUAUUUGUCGAUGAGUUUAAACAUUCUGCAAAGCUCGUUCCACAAAUUCCGCGACUUUAACAUCGUGAAGGCAAUCGACUACCAGUAUUCUCCUUGCGGGACUUACGUGUUUCUUUCAAAGUCCGGAGCUGAGUAUAGCAUUUACUCGGAUCCAUGUGCUAUCAGUAAGACGUUGCACAAGGACGAUGACUUUAAUUCUACUUUGACGGGCAACGCAAUUUUACAGCACUUAAUGAGCGCAUACGUGGAUGCCGUUGCGCGCCGAUCAAAUUCUAUCCAGAUUAACGCCUCCAUGGACUUUUAUGAGCGUCUUGGUCUUCCUCGAAACGCAACAGAGAAGCAAGUGCGGAGUGCCUACAAGCGGUUAGCAUUGAAGUGGCAUCCAGAUCGGUGGACAAACAGCUGCGCCAACCCACAGGAACUAGCAUCGGUGGAGGAAGUUUUUAAAUUACUAGCAGAAUCGUACGAGGUGCUAUCAGAUACUGAAGCACGUAAGGCAUAUGAUGCGCAUUUAAACGAUCCUCCGAGCAUCAAGGAAGAGUUUGUGCGUAACGGCACUGUGAAUGGGAUGACUCUUGAUGAGGCCAUCGCCACUUUCCGAGACGUAAUUGAUAAUCUCUCGGGAGCAGUGUCAAAAGUGACGUCACGCUUUUCGACUUCGAACUCGACGGUGGUGAAUCCGCUACGCCCUCCCUCAUCUGUUCGUAGUGGCCUUACUCCAAACAACCACGACAACAUUUUUGCGCCAGAUCGGAUUCGAGUGUUGCGUACAGUGGGGAUCGGCGCAGAUCAGAGUGAGCAGGUCCUGUAUUUGGAGCCGGAAGAAAUCCUAGCUGGCGACGUGGCGGCACCUGCGCAGACAACAGGUAGUUCCAGUGCGAAUGCUGGACUUCGAACAGUUUCCGUGGUGGGUGGUGCUGUUGCUGUUGGAGCAAGCGUUGCAUUGAUCGUCAAUGCGUGGUCGCAGUACUCGGAAAAGUCGAAGAGGAGUCGUCAGGCGGCAGUGGUGAGAGAUUUACCUGCAGACUACUUGUUGUUGUUGCUUGAAGAUCACCGUAAUACGCAAUACGCCGAUACGACGCAACUACUUCUUCAACAAUCUGAUGAUCGGAUGAAAAGGAGAUGUGCCUCUUCACUAGCUGUUACUGAUUUGAGCAAUAAAGCGGGUGAAAGAAGUAAACAGCUUUAUGUGACAGGAGCACAGCAUGCGCUCGUCACUUUGAAGCAAGAGGAAGAUGCGGCAGAAGAUGAACUCAUUGAAGAGUUCUUUGAUUGUGCCACUGACUAUGACAAUGCCGCUAUGGAGGCGAUGGCAGAGGAAGAAUUUUUUGAUUGCGUUAGUCUCAUGGACGACGUGGCAGCUCACUUUAGUGAAGACGCAUUGGAAGAAGGAAAGCGCGUGGGAGAAGAAUUUGAUGAAGAGAAAGACAUUGCUCCUAUCAGUAAGCCGAUUGCUUUUCCUCGUGGAUCGUUUGUCGAUACUCCUUUCGGUCUCGCGAUUGUACAAGAUUGGAGAGAAGGUGAAUCGUCCGCUUACGUGCGUUUCUCUUGUUCUACGAACAUGUUCGGCUACAUUCAGAAAGUGGAUAUCUCGCGUGGUGCGUUGCUGGCAAAGAUAACAGCAAAUGAUAUGUUGGAGUCCAAGAGAACAAAGAUUGCGGACCGUGUGAUAACUCGAUACCAUUUGGAAGCUGAAGAAGCGGGUAGAGCUUUCAAGAGCCUAGUUGCUGCGAGUGGUGAUGGUGCUUUGGAUAGUGGUAUUCGCGCCGCCGGUGGUGUAGCUCUGGCGAAUGGUAUGGCAAGGACAUCCUCAGUGCUAGGUGGUGCCGUUGCUGCACCGCUAACGAUUGCGUCAAUUCUCGUCGAUAUUGGGAAAGAGUACUACGACUACCGCAAGCGGCAUACUGAUCGAAAGUCUCUAGGUGUUCUCUCUAGCACCACUGAGCAGCUAAUGAUGCAAGAUUUCCGGCUGAAAACUGGUGAAGUCAUCGCCAGUCGUACGGCAGCAGCGGCAGGUGCAGGCAUCGGUGCAUAUAGUAUGGCUUCAGCCUUGGGAAUGUGGAGUACAGCAGGGUUGGCAGCUGGUCCCGUGGGUAUUGUGGCUGCCACAAGUGCGGCUGUUGUUGGCGGUAUGCUAGGUUUCUUUGCUGGUUCCAAGGCGUACUCGGCAUCUACUGCAGGUUAUUUUAUAAGCCUGCAAAAUGCAAAGGAGCACAUUGAUCGUCUGGAGCUAGGGGCGCGAAUUCUGUUUGACGAAUAUGAUCCUGAAGCUACGGGCACAAUUUCUAAGGAAGACUGCAUCAAGCUGAUGAAAAAGCUAUACGACGCGAUGGGCUCGAUUUCGGAAAGCGAAUAUGAGAGGACCAUGACUGUGAUUCAAGACGAUACAUUUGAAGGUCCUGUAACGUGGAGUAUGUUUUGGGAAUGGGUUAGCACUGAGGCAGCUAGAGCUCUUCGCGAGCUGGAGCAUGAAGAGUCAAAAAAGUUGUCAGAACCAGUAGGGGAUGAAGCAUGGUGGAGCAGCUACAUGACAUAUUUCUCAUACUUGAACUCGAAAUCAGCUACACCACCACUUGCAGAACCACAGGCAAGUGUGUAUCCAUCUGUGCUCGCGGCAUUGGGGCUGAAGAUGACGAACGCUGGAUCAAAACCUACGGUUGCUGGAUCUGAAGAAGAGGGCUUGGUGCUGAAGGCACAGGUUGAGUUCUUGGUAAAUAAUGGCCAUCUGACGUCUGGGGAUGCCUUCCAACUCCGAAAGCAUUUGGCGUCCGAUGAUCUGGUGUUACGAGAGUCCGCACGGAAGACAAUUGCCGCUAUACAUGACGGUCUCUUGGACGGGACACCAGAUCAGAACCUUGUAUGUGAUGGAUUUGGUUUUGCAGGUGGUGACGUCAUGGAUCCCAUCGCUGACGAGCCUGUUACAACCCGCGGACGCACUACAAAGGCCACUGCUGCUGACGCAGAAAAGACAAAGUUAUCUACGCCUGACGAACGGCUCGAUGUCAUGUGCUCGCUGAUGUCUACGCAGGGUUUGCAGCGUUUGUUGCAGCGGCAAAACAUUCUCGUUCCUGUCAAGAACGAUGCGCCUGUGCAACACGAGGACUUGCACUGUUUAGCACUUAUGGCAGCAGCUUCUACCCCGUUAACACCAGAAUCGUCGACUUGA